CGCGGGGCAUGACGGGAGGAGCGGCGGGCGCCGCUGGGCCAAUCGGACCGCAGCCGCGACCGGAGCCCGCUGCGUCUCUGCCUGCGCUCCGGUGCCGCCGCCCCUCCCCCCGCUCCGCUCCGCGCCGCGCGUCAGGGCGGCCUCGCUCGCCGAAUUAUGGAUCCAAGCCUGCUAAGAGAACGAGAGCUAUUCAAAAAACGAGCACUCUCCACUCCUGCUGUAGAAAAGCGUACGGCACCCUCUUCUGAUUCAACAUCUUCCAAAAAGAAAAAAGCAAAGUUAGAGCAGGGUGGAUCAUCAAGCUCAAAACAAAACACAGACCACAGCAAUGGGUCAUUUAACUUGAAAGCCCUUUCAGGAGGCUCUGGCUACAAGUUUGGAGUCCUUGCUAAGAUAGUGAAUUAUAUGAAGACGCGGCACCAGCGUGGUGAUACACAUCCAUUAACUCUAGAAGAAAUUUUGGAUGAAACGCAACACUUAGAUAUUGGACUCAGGCAGAAACAAUGGUUAAUGAGUGAGGCUCUAGUCAGCAAUCCCAAAAUAGAAGUUAUAGAUGGGAAAUAUGCUUUCAAACCUAAGUACAAUUUGAAAGAUAAAAAGGCUCUGCUCAGGCUCUUGGACAAGCAUGACCAGCGGGGACUGGGAGGAAUCCUUCUGGAAGAUAUUGAGGAAGGACUGCCAAAUGCACAGAAAGCCAUAAAGGCUUUAGGGGACCAGAUCACCUUUAUUACUCGUCCCGAUAAGAAAAAAAUUCUUUUCUACAAUGACAAGAGCUGUCAGUUUACAGUAGAUGAAGAAUUUCAGAAGCUGUGGAGGAGCAUUCCUGUGGAUUCUAUGGAUGAGGAGAAAAUAGAAGAGUAUCUGAAACGACAGGGUAUUUCUUCCAUGCAGGAAGCUGGACCAAAGAAAAUAGCUCCUAUUCAGAGGAGGAAGAAACCUGCUUCUCAGAAGAAACGGCGGUUUAAGACUCACAAUGACCAUUUGGCUGGAGUACUGAAGGAUUACUCAGAUGUUGUUCCUGGCAAGCAGUGAAGUUUGGUUCUGGAACAAACAUGCUUUUUUACACAGGCCCUUCGCCGCUGGAGUUCAAUGUCUGCUUAAGGACUGACUGACUGUAUAUAGUAAUGUGGUGUGUCCCCAUCCCUGCAACUGUCAAGAUGAAACAGUUCUGUUUAAGAGCACGUACAAAUUACCAAAUGUAGAGUUUUAUUUUAAUUUAAUUAGCUAACGAGAACUGUGACUUCGUAAGAGGUCUAAAUGGACAGCCACUUGCCACUAGGGGGUAAAAGAUGCAGAGCAUGUAAAGCUAGAGUUCCUGGUAAAUGCUUCACUGUGCUUCUCAAUGAUUUAAAGGGGAUUUUUCUUGUAUUGCUUUAGAGUGGAUUUGCAGGUAGAAGUGAAUACAAUAUUCAUUUUAUUUGUUCCAAGAGAACAUACAACAUCAUUGCAGAAGCAUUUGUUUAAAGAGGCAAGCGCAUUCACAGUUUGUAUAUUUCUUCUUUGCUUUGGCAUUGAGCUUUAAUGAAAGUUGAUGUUGUCUGAGGCUUUGGCAUGGAAAUACACCACCAGAAUUCCUACCAGGCUGCGUGCUGGAAAUGUGGCUGCAACCUCACAGUGCUAAUCAGAAAUUGCCCUUCGGAUAUUGCUGAUGACAUGUAGUGGAUGCACAUGCAUUGCACAAUUCUGUGAUAUGGGUUAAAAGGAUCAGACAAUAAAUAAAAUGACAAUGUGUUACUAAAGGACAGGUUUUUUUAAAAUAAUAAAGCCUAUAAAACUGG